AUGUCAAAGAAAUAUAGUGAGGAAAAUACCUCAAGUAUACCAUUGACAGAUUUAACAUCUCCAAGUACAGGAGAAACUAGUUCACAGCAACAACGACAACGAGCAUCACAACAGCAACCACCACAACAACCAGAAUCAAAUACUGCAACCGGAUCAAGAUGGCUGAAUUUUGUCGAUUCUUUCAAACCAGCAAUUGAAAAUGAAAAACUUGCCAUGCGUUAUCGUGAUGCCAAUGCAGAUGUCGAAGAAGAUGCUGGUGGAUAUUAUAAUUCCACUGACCAAUUAACCGAGAUUCAACGUAUCAAUAUAAAUAGUUCCAAAUCAAAUUUGAAACGAAAAUUGAAAAAUAGACAUUUACAAAUGAUUGCUAUUGCAUCAUCGAUCGGGAGUGGUCUUUUAAUUGGUACUGGUGGUGCAUUAGCCACUGGUGGACCCGGUGGGAUAUUAAUUGCCUGGAUAUUGAGUGGGAUAUCUAUUUUAUGUACAAUUCAAGCCAUGGCUGAGUUAGCAGUGACUUUCCCAGUUAGCGGAGGAUUUAAUGUGUUAUUCAGUAGAUUUAUUGAUCCAAGUGUGGGAUUUAGUGUUGCCUGGAAUUAUGUUUUACAAUAUUUGGUGUUACUCCCAUUAGAAUUGGUUGCUGCUUCUAUGACUAUACAAUAUUGGAACACUGAUAUUAAUCCUGAUGUAUGGGUGAUUAUUUUUUAUGUCACGGUUACAUCAAUUAAUUUCUUUGGUGUACGUUUAUAUGGAGAAGUUGAAUUUAUUCUUAGUUCUUUAAAAGUUAUUGCUGUUGUCGGGUUCAUUAUUCUUUCAAUUGUGUUAGCUGCAGGUGGUGCACCCAAUGGUGUUCAUCAUGGAACUAAAUAUUGGCAUGAUCCAGGUGCAUUUGCAAAUGGUUUCAAAGGGGUAAGUAGUACGUUUAUCACCGCUGCAUUUAGUUUUGCUGGUACUGAAUUGACCGGAUUAACCCUGGCUGAAGCUGAAAACCCUCGUAAGGCAUUACCUAAAGCAUGUAAACAAGUAUUUUGGAGAAUCUUGCUAUUUUACGUUGUUAGUAUUAUAUUGAUUACAUUUUUGGUCCCAUAUGAUAAUCCAAGACUUUUAGGGGCAUCUGAUGUUUCAGCAUCUCCGUUUGUUAUUGCUAUACAAGAUGGUGGUAUUAGUGGUCUUGCCUCAGUUAUGAAUUCUGUCAUUUUAAUUUCAGUGAUAUCCGUGGGGUCGUCAUCGGUAUAUGCAACUUCAAGAACCCUUGUAUCACUUGCUGAACAAAAUCUUGCACCUAAAAUAUGUGGAUACGUUGAUCGUGCUGGUCGUCCAUUAGUCGCUAUUCUUAUAACUAAUGUAUUUGGAUUAUUGAGUUUUAUUGCUGCCAGUGGUAAAGAAGAUGAAGUUUUCACUUGGUUAUUGUCAAUUUCUGGGUUAUCAAGUAUUUUCACUUGGUUAUGUAUCUGUAUUUCUCAUAUUAGAUUCAGACGUGCCUUGCACGUUCAAGGGAGAAAUACUGAUGAAUUAACAUUUGUAUCACAAACUGGGGUCAUUGGUUCUUGGUUUGGGAUUUUAUUGAAUGUGUUGGUUUUAGUAGCUGAAUUUUGGUUAGCAAUUUUCCCCUUGGGUGAAAAAUCUAAUGCUAAAAGUUUUUUUGAAACGUAUCUUGGAUUUGUAAUUUUGAUUAUAUUUUAUUUUGGUCAUAAAUUAUGGAGAAAUAAUUGGAUCUUGUUUAUUAGAAGUCGUGAUAUUGAUAUUGAUAGUGGUAGAAGAGAAACUGAUCUUGAAGCAUUGAAAAGAGAAUUACAAGAAGAAAGAGAAGUUUUAAGGAAUAAACCAUUUUGGUAUAGAGCUUAUCAUUUCUGGUGUUAA